AUGGCUGAAAAGAAAGAAGGAAGAAAACAAUUGCAGGAGGUCGGUGAGCCAUUCAAAGAGGAGAAGGCUGUUGCUAAAUACUUACGUUUCAACUGUCCAACAAAAUCCACCAACAUGAUGGGCCACCGAGUUGAUUAUUUUAUUGCCUCAAAAGCUGUGGAUUGCCUCCUGGAUUCUAAAUGGGCAAAAGCAAAGAAAGGAGAAGAAGCUUUAUUUACAACCCGAGAGUCUGUAGUUGAUUACUGCAACAGACUCCUGAAAAAACAGUUCUUUCAUCGAGCAUUAAAAGUGAUGAAAAUGAAACCUGACAAGGAUACAAAGAAAGAAAAGGAAAAAGGAAAGGCUGAGAGUGGGAAAGAAGAGGAGAAAAAGAGCAAGAAAGAAAGUGGCAAAGAUGAAAAAACUAAGAAGGAGAAAGAAAAGGAGAAGAAAAAGGAUGGUGAAAAAGAGGAGUGUAAGAAGGAUGAGACCCCAGGAACACCCAAGAAAAAGGAAACUAAGAGGAAAUUUAAACUUGAGCCACAUGAAGACCAAGUUUUCUUGGAUGGAAAUGAGGUCUAUGUGUGGAUCUAUGACCCUGUUCACUUUAAAACUUUUGCCAUGGGACUUGUACUUGUGAUUGCUGUUAUAGCUGCAACUCUGUUCCCACUCUGGCCAGCAGAAAUGCGUGUUGGUGUUUAUUACCUCAGUGUAGGCGCGGGCUGUUUUGUCGCCAGUAUUCUUCUUCUUGCCGUUGCACGCUGCAUCCUCUUCCUUAUGAUCUGGCUCAUCACUGGAGGAAGGCAUCACUUCUGGUUCCUGCCAAAUCUUACCGCAGACGUGGGAUUCAUUGACUCCUUCAGGCCCCUGUACACACAUGAAUACAAAGGACCAAAAGCAGACUCAAAGAAAGAGGAAAAAUCAGAAUCCAAAAAGCAGCAAAAAUACGACAGUGAGGAGAAAUCGGAUAGCGAGAAGAAGGAAGAAGACGAUGGGAAAACAGAAGCAACGAGGAACUCGGGAACAGAUGGCUCAGGAGGAGAGCGACAUUCAGACACUGACAGUGACAGGCGUGAAGACGACAGGUCCCAGCACAGUAGUGGAAAUGGAAACGACUUUGAAAUGAUCACAAAAGAGGAACUGGAACAGCAAACAGAUGAAGGGGAUUGUGAAGAGGAAGAGGAGGAGGAGGAUACCGAAAGUAGGCCUUCACAUGAAAAAUCAUAACUCACUGUGGUUUUGGGACUAAGUAUGUGCAAAUGGUUGGAUUUUCUUCGUUGGCUGAUCACCAAAACAUAGACCAUACAGUAGCAUCUUUGUUUGCUGAAAUAUACGUGUUACCAAACAGUUUUAUAUCUAGUUCCUUCAUUUUUUUUAACCAUUAACUUGAUUACUUGGUACUAUGGUAAUCAUAAAUAUCCAUUUACAGAAGUUUUAUCAAUCUGACAAGUUUUCUAUUGAUUGAUAGAUUGCCCAGAUCGUCCUCAAACAUACUGAAAACCAUAGUUUUCUGGUACUUGCAUAACUGGUCGAUUAGUUUAGCUUCUCAAACUUGCUUUUGUAAAAGAGGUAAAAGUUGAAUGACCAAAUCUCAGAUUAUUCCUAGUUAUACUCAUUUGAUAGCUAGUUAGGUAAAGCCUUUCUUAGCCCACAGCUUUCUUGAUAUGUUUCUUGAAUUUAUUGUCAAAAGAUUGUGAAAACUUUCCUAAGAAAACUAGUUUUAGCAGAAGUAUUUUGCUGAAAAUAUGAAAACUGUUAGUGCUGAAUUUGGCUGCAGUGUUCACUGUUUCUCCAGACUGUGUGCCAGCAACUGAGGAAAUCCAAACUGGUUUUGUACAUCUGGUUCAGAGAAAGAUGUCAUCUCCAGCAGGUGAAGGAAGCAGCACAGUUUCGAAAUUAUGGCUGUUUUCUUUCUCCUGCCCCAUCAUAAUUAAAAAAAAAAUGUAUUCUGUACAUAAUUUACAAAUAAAGCAAACCAUUUACUUUAACUGCUACUUAUUAUUUAGAGAUUUGAUCCAGCAUUCAGUUUGUAUUAUUGAAGCCAUUUUGUGGUGUAUCUCUCGGAGAAAUGCAAGUCAAGAGGACCUCACAGAAUAUUUGUGUAUGAUUGGUAGCUGUUCCACAAGAGCUUUAGUUUUGUGCCAACAUUCCAUGUAUUUGAGUAUGAGUAAAUUGAUCUUUAUUAAAUGAAAGCAAACAACAUAGCUGUAUGUAUGCCUUAAUGUUAAAACUUUCUAUAUUCUGGAGCUGGAAUACUUUUUAAACUUAAGAGGCAGGAGAGUAUUCGUCUGUUCAGAAAUACAGGUAACUCAGAGCUAACAUGAAGUGACCAUUAAUAAUUUGUUUAUAAAUA